AUGAGUGAAUUCGUCACAGACUUGAUCAAGAAGCAUGCAGCCGAGUGUGGUGAAAAUGAGUACAACGGUAUGAUGGGUCUCCGUAUCUCAGCCAUUUUCGUGAUCCUUGUUGGCUCUGGAUUUGGUGCCUUUUUCCCUAUUUUAUCUUCGAGAUACUCCUUCUUGAAGAUGCAUCCAUAUUUUUUCUUUUUCUGCAAAUACUUUGGUUCUGGUGUGAUCGUCGCUACUGCCUUCAUCCACUUGCUUUCGCCAGCCAGCGACAGUUUGUCUUCUGAAUGUUUGAGCCAUGCAUGGCACGAAUACCCAUACGCCUACGCUAUCUGUAUGGUUACCUUGUUCGCCUUGUUUUUCUUUGAGUUGAUGGCUUUCAGAGUUGUUGACAAGAAGGUUGGUAACGCUUCGCACUCCCACUCUCACUUCGGUGAAGAGAGCACUUUCGUCAAGAAGGACAACGAAGACUCUGCCGAUGAAGACUCCACCCCAGCUGACGCUGACAGACCAGCUUCUCAGCCAUACCCUAGCCACUUCUCCCAUGCUGCUCAACAUCAAGACCCAGAGGCCAUCGGUACUCACCUCGAGGAGGCCGAUAAGGAGCAGUACUAUGGUCAAUUGUUGAAUGUGUUUGUCUUGGAGUUCGGUGUUAUUUUCCACUCUGUCUUUAUCGGAUUGACUUUGGCCGUUUGUGGUGAUGAGUUCAAAACCUUGUAUCCCGUCAUUGUUUUCCACCAGCUCUUCGAGGGUUUGGGUUUGGGUGCCCGUAUUGCAGCCAUUUUCUGGCCAAAGGACAAGAGAUGGACUCCAUGGUUGUUGGCUCUUGGUUACACUCUCUGUACUCCUAUCGCUAUCGCUAUUGGACUCGGUGUGCGCGAGUCCUACGCUCCAGGUUCUGCCACUUCUUUAAUUGCUUCCGGUAUCUUCGACUCGAUCUCUGCCGGUAUUUUGCUCUACACUGGUCUCAUUGAGUUGAUGGCACACGAGUUCUUGUUCUCUGGUGAGUUCAAGCUGGAGGGUGGAUUCAAGCGUAUGCUUUGGGCCUAUGCACUUAUGUGUUUUGGUACCGGUAUCAUGGCCUUAUUGGGUAAAUGGGCUUAA